CUUUGCUCGCGUUAGCUAAGAGAGUUGUUGCGUUAGGAUGCCAACUAUGAAGGGUGGCGGUCCAUCCAAAGGAAAGCAGCCGGCUAAACAGCGUGCAUCUAAGAGGCCAAUCCCAGUGAUUUCAUCCUCAGAUGAUGAGGACAGUGGUCCCACCAGACGGGAGCUCAUGGAGCGUUUAGCUGCGGUAGAGAAGGAACGGGGGGCCGCUUCAGGUGCGGCACCGGCACGCCCAGGCCGGGCGGCUAAGAAGGUGCCUAGGGAGGUCUUCUAUAACGAGUUCUUGUCUCGUUUGUCUGCCCUCGAGGGAUCAUCUCGGGACGCGCCAGGUUCUGUUGGCGGCAUUGGGCAACAGUUGACAUCUAUGACAGAUGUGGGAGUCGAGCCAGAGGGCGCAGCCGAGGAUAGUCAGGUGGCCAUAGCGGUGGAGACACCUUUGGAUGACGGUGCCGUGUCGGGCCAUGCGAGGAAGAGGAUAUUGAUUUGUGGCCACAGCAUGGUGUUCUGGGCAGCUUACCAGGCCAGGAGAACGGCGAAUGGAUCUCAGCUUGGUUUGAGCGCUGUGGCCACAAGCCCCCAGCAGGGGCUGCAGGCAAAUUCCUGCAUUCCCGCCGCCACUGACAGCCACUGCCACCGGGGCCUGGGAAGUCCCCGGUCCUGUCAGCUGCGGCUGACAGAGAGUGCUCAGCUGGGGCUCACAGGCAUAUGCCUGUCCCCCCACCACUGUCAGCCCCCGGAGAUGGGGCUGGGGAGUUCCCUGGCCCCGACAGCAGCUCCGGCACUCAGCCACUCAUUGGGGAAGCCCCCGAUGAGCAGCUGA